ACUCCUUCGAUCUCUCUCUCAGCGUUCAAGUGAAGAAUCUCUCUCUCUAGCUUCCAUUGAUCCUCUCCUCUCCUCUCUUUGGCUUCUUCGAUCCUCUUCUUAAUCGAUCCGUUCGAGUCUUCACUAAUCUCUCCUGCGACUGGUUUAAUACCAUUCACGAUCAUCUGAUCUUAUCCGAUUCCAUUUGAAAGAAGAUGAGGUCGCUCCAAGCACCAGUUGUUUGCCCUGCGAUUCUUCCAAGACAAGUAGGUGCAUGCGCUUCACUUGUUAACUACACUGGUCUGAGACCUAGAAGCCAAUUCUUGGGUAGUCGGACUAAGGGUGUCAAGUCUCAGGUCACCACCACGAUCACUCUUAGAUUCUGCAACAAGAGUUCUAUCAAGUGUGUUUUCAGCUCUCACUCUGAUGGUACUGGAAGCACUGCUGAGAAUUUCAACGAACACGAUGAAGAUUAUGUCAACUCUAGUGUAGUGGAAGCUGUUGAAGUAAGGAGUGGAGCAGAUGGUUUCAUGGUGAAGAUGAGGGACGGUAGGCAACUACGAUGUGUCCACAACAAUCCUCAAGGAGGGCAUUUACCAGAUUAUGCUCCGCAUCCUGCUAUUGUCUUGAAAAUGGAAGAUGGAACUGGUCUUCUCCUUCCAAUUAUCGUGUUGGAAAUGCCUAGUGUGUUGCUCAUGGCAGCUAUGACCAAUGUCCAAAUUGCAAGACCGACCAUGUAUCAAGUGGUAAAGGAAAUGGUGGACAAGAUGGGUUACGAAGUUAGACUUGUUAGAGUCACCAAAAGAGUUCACGAGGCGUAUUUUGCCCAGUUAUAUCUUUCAAAGGUGGGUAAUUCAUCGGAUUGUAUCAGCUUCGAUCUUCGGCCUUCAGAUGCAAUUAAUAUAGCUGUUAGAUGCAAGGUCCCUAUCCAAGUGAACAAGUACCUUGCAUAUAGUGAUGGAAUGAGAGUCAUUGAGUCAGGGAAGCUAUCAACACCGACACCUGCUUCGGAUGGUUUAUUAUUUAUUGAACAAGACCGACCAAAUGGUCAAGCUUGUCUUGAUACGAAAGAGUUCAACAUUUUGAGCAACAUGAUGCAAGCUGUUGAUGAAGAGCGAUAUGAUGAAGCCGCUGAGUGGAGAGACAAGCUUGGCCAGUUUCGGGCCAAACGUAACUUGAAGAAAUACACAUGAGAUGAUAGAGCUCGAUCAACAAUUAUUGGCUGUGUACAUAACAAGAAGAAGUCAUUGAUCGGAAUCAAAGUGGAGGAAGGAAGAAGCCUGAAGUGUCGUCUUUGUAUAUGAUGGAGAUCGAAAGAUUGCUUCUGCACUCUACUACCCAUUUCCCAAAAAAAAAGAAGAAAGAAAAAAUGUAUAAUGUAUGUAGUAGCGUGAUGUGUACAUAUCACUUGGUAAUCUAUGCAAUGAAGUUCUCACUAAUUAAUCUGAAGUCUACUCUUGUGUUCGGCGUUG